AUGUCUUUCGCGAAAUCCAAACGAACAACCUACUUCGACGACGUGACCAAAAAUAAAGAGAAUCUUCCUGGGCCCGAGCGAUACAAUCCUCAAAAUGACCAUAGAGUCAAAGGCGGCUUCCAGUACCGCGACCAGAGCAUGAUGGACAUAAGCAGCAUCAGCGGAGCCUACCAAACUGACAAGUCGAUUCUUGGUCCUCCUCAAUCGACCCCGUCAAAAGAGCCCUUCAAAAUCGCAAAACGAGGGACCAGAAAGUCAACAGUUUCAAAAUCGCUCGAAAUGAGCAUGUCCCAGGAAAUGGCCAAAUACAAGGAGCUCGAGUCGGACCAUUUUCAACUGAAACAACGCUAUCAGAAGAUCUCUGAUUUGAAAGACGAGCUCGAGGAAGACUACACGCGAGUAAAGGAAGAAGCGCAAAAGGUUCCGCGCCUCCAGAAGCAGCUUGAAGCCUUACAGGACUCGCUAGAAAUCAGCAAGACAAAGGGCGAAGAAGUCAAAAUCCUUGAAGAUCAGCUGCGCCAGCUGAAGGAGAAAGAAGACGAGACUUUCAAACAGAUCACAGAAAAGGAGUCUCAAUUGGUCACGCUCAGAGGUCAAAUCGUCGCGCUAGAAGGAAGAAUUACAGAAUCAGAGACAACGCUGAAAAACAAAAGCGACGAAUUACAAAAGGCGAACCUGGCUAACUUCAACCUGGAGCACAGAAUCGCUGAGCUCGAGCCACUGAAAGAGAAUGUCGCCUUGCUGAAAGAAGACAACGCCGUGUACGCAGCAGAGAUCAACGGGCUCAAGCAAACGCUCGAAGAAGCGCACAAGACGUUGAAAAUAAAAGAGUCCGAGAAUACAUCGCUCAAGCAGAAUAUCGGCUCCCAAGUGAGCGAAACUGACUCGCUUGUGAAGAAACUCGAGCAGAUGCGUUUUGAGCGGGAUGAGUGCAAGGCGCUUGAGAAGGAUCUCAGAGAAGUCCAGGGAACUACCGAAGCAAAAGUGCGAGAAUUAAUGGCUUCUGUCGCUGAAAAAGUUGACCAAAUUAAAGUCCUGGAGGAAGAGAUCAGAACUCAUCAAACCGCGUUGACAAAUGCUUCUGAAAAAUCCGCAGCUUCUGAGGAAUCGAAGGCGGCGCAGAUCCAUGAGUUGAGCAACGAACUCGCAGGGUUGAAAGAAAACUUGAGCGAGAAGUCAGCCGAGCUUGAAGAGAAACUCUCCGAAAAUCAGAAAAUCAGCGAGGCUCUCGAAAAUUUGAAGGCAGCUCUUCUCCAGGAAGAAGAAAAGCUCAAAGAAGCCGAGGAAAUCCAUGAGAAGCAGCUGAAGGCGAAUUCUGAAGCUCGAGAUUUAGAAAUAGCUGAAUCAGAAGCGAAGAUUUCUGAACUUCAAAGCGCUGCCCAAGCGAAGGACUUGCAGAUUUCGCAAUUUGAAGAGUCGAUCAAGGCAACUGCGGCUGAAAAUGUCCAGUUACUUGAGAAGAUCGAACAAUCAGACUCUGCAAUGAAAGCCUUCGAGGAGAAGCUCAACUCGGCCGAAUCUGCGCAAUCUGAUCUUUCUUCUGAAAUCGCUCGCUUGAAAGCUGAACUUGAAGAAGCCAAGGCAAAGAAUGUCUGUUCUUCUGAAGAGUUCACGGCGAUGAAGGAAGAAGUCUCGACUCUUAGGGCGGCAUCGAAGGAUCAUGAAGCGAAAUUCGUGAAAAUCGUCAACGAGAAACGAGAAAUUGCAAAAGAAGCUGAAAUUCUUCGAGAGCAUGGCGCCAAAUACAAGAUAAAGCGAGACAAUCUUCGAGCCAUAUACGACGAGCAGCUGCAGAAGACAGAGCAACUAGAGCUUUUCAAGAAGGAUCACGAAGGCACUCUGACGGCGCUCCAGCAAAAGCUGAAGGCGGCCGAAACUGAGAAACAAAACUUCCGAGCUCAGUUGACCGCUGCCGAGCGGAAAUUGGCCGACGCUACAGAUCGCACUACGGAAAUCGAAGAUCUCCACGUUAAAUUGGCGGAAUCAGAUGCCAUGUGCGAAAAGUGGAAGGCGGAGUACGAAGAGCUCGAGAACUUCUACGCGCCGAUCAGAGCUGACCUCGCUAAAUUCGCUGAAGAAAGCAGACACUGGGGCUCUGAAAACGAAAAGAAGUCGAAGGAGUUGGCAGCCCUGAACUCGAAAUUGGCGGACCAGAUGAGUCACGCGAAUCACAAGCAAAAGAUCAAGUACAUGAACAAGAUCAAAGACGAGAACGAGCUGCUCAAGACCAAACUCUCCUUCGCCGAAUGUCAGAUGAAGAAGCUCAAGAAAGAAAACGACGCUCUUCGUGAUGACCUCAACGUCGUCCGGAACGUACGACGCUUCGACCCCAAAAAAGCUUUCCAAGGAAAGCAAUAA